CUCUUUUUGUUCCCAACCUCCCUAUGUUGAAAACUUGGAAUCAGUUCAUAAAUCUCUCUGUUUCAAUCUCUCUCUCCCCUUGAAACAGAGAGAUUUAUGUAUAAAUUCUCCGGCCUUACCAAAGAUUAUUUCCUCCUGGCUAUGUUCCUCAGAAAUGAGUAUCUGUUCUAAUAGGAUUUCCGCGGAUAACUGACGAUAAAUCCACCAUUCGGGCUAUCAAAUCGAAUCAUUCAUGGCUGUCAGAAUAGGAGCCCUUGAAGAUGUGGCAAUGGAGAGGGGGCAUGACGAAAACUUUUUCGUGUCGGUUAGGUUGCGGCCUUUGAAUCAGAAGGAGAUUGCAACAGAUGAUGUUUCAGAUUGGGAAUGUGUAAAUGACAAUACCAUUAUCUACAAGAAUAAUGAUUUUUUCGUUCCUGACAGAUCUUUGCGUCCUACUGCUUAUAAAUUCGACAGAGUUUUUAGUCCAGACUGCUCCACGAGACAGGUUUACAUGGAAGGAGCAAGGGAAAUUGCCCUUUCAGCUGUCAACGGUAUCAAUUCAAGUAUAUUGGCAUAUGGACAAAGGAGCAGCGGAAAGACAUACACCAUGAGGGGCAUUGCUGAGUAUAUCAUAUCAGAUAUUUAUGACUACAUAGAGAAGCACAUGGAUAGAGAAUAUCGUUUAAAGUUCUCUGCUAUGGAAAUAGACAAUGAAUCUGUCAGAGACGUACUCAGCACAGAUAGCUCUCCACUCAGGCUUCUAGAUGAUCCAGAGAGAGGCACUACUGUUGAGAAUCUAACAGAAGCAACUCUGCGGGACUGGAAUCAUGCGAAAGAGCUUCUUUCUGUCUGUGAAGCUCAGAAGCAGAAAGAGGAGACCUCGCUAAAUGGUACAAGCUCCAGAUCUCAUCAAAUCAUUAGGCUGACAAUUGAGAGUUCUGGACGUGAUCUUUCAGGCAAUGAGAACCCAAGCACCAUUUUCGCUUCUUUGGAUUUAGUAGAUCUUGCUGGAAGUGAGCGGGCACUAACUCAUUCAUUUUCAGCUGGUACCAGAUCAAAGGAAGGUAGCCACGUGAAUCGAAGUUUGGUUACCCUUGGAGCCGUCAUCCGCAAAUUAAGCAAAGGAAGGAAUGGUCAUGUUCCUUAUAAAAAUUCUAAGCUAACCCACAUACUGAAAACCUCCUUGGGGGGCAACGCUAGGACUGCUAUCAUCUGUACAAUGAGCCCCGCACGAAGUCAGGCUGAACAAUCAAGAAAUACUCUCUUGUUUGCGAGUCAUGCCAAAGAAGUAUCAACUAAGGCACAAGUUAAUGUGAUCAUAUCAGAUAAAGCUUUGGCCAAAUACAUGCAAAGAGAAUUAGCCAGGCUGGAGAGGGAGUUAAGUAGUCCAAGAUCCAGUUUUGCAGAGUCAAAAUUAUCUGCACUUCUUAGACAGAAAGACCUUAAAAUUGAAAAGCUGGAGAAAGAGGUGAAAAAUCUAAGACUGCAACGAGAUGCUGCUAAAUCAGAGGUUCAUAAUUUGCUACAGCAGAUAAGUGAUGAGCGACGUCCAUCAUCAAGGGAAGGUUUUAGUCGCUAUCCUCACCUGCGAAUUCACCAAUCAACAGAUGAUGAACAUCUAUCACAAGAUCACGACAGAGCAUUUGUCACAACUCGGGUUAUUGAUGACAGUAGUAGUGUCAGUGAUAGCCAAGCAGAAUCCCCUAGUAUAAGAGUGUUUCGAAGUAAGGAUGUAUCUAAUAAGCUUCUAAUCAGCACUUCACAAUUCAGUGAAAAUGAAUCAACUUACGGUAUGGAUGAAAUUGAUAACAAAAGUAAUGAUACCUUUGAGGAGGUACUUAAAGACGAUACCAACAGUUAUUCUGAAGCCAGCUGUUUUUCGGAAGAUAAUACUGAAAGUUCACCUUUUAUGACUUUCAAAGAAGUAGAGACUGAACUCCAGAAAGGGGCUUUACCUGUAUCGCAGGAAUAUCUAGAACGUGUCUCCUCUUUGGUGAAGGCAAACAAUGACCACAAACCACCGAAAGGGGUCAUGCAAGACUUAGCUGGUAGACCAUUUGGUGAAGCUUCUGCACAGAAUUACGAUGCAAAUCUUAAUCCUCCUGCUGGUACCACUGAGAUUGAACAGAAAGCAUACGAGAAGACUAAUGCAGAUAUUAGUAGGGAUGCAGAAAUGAAAAUUACAGCUGAGCCUCAGCAUGACGGCAACACUCGUGAAUCCGCGGAAACUAAGACUGAAGCAGGGUCUAAUGGUUCUUCCAAGGGUGUUAAGGAUGUUAUUUUGGAUUCAGCAGACGAUGAUUGGCGCUUGAAAUUUAAAAGACUCCAAAGAGAAAUCGUUAAACUUUGGGAUGUUUGCAAUGUGUCUUUACUGCAUAGAACACAUUUCUUUCUGCUAUUUAGAGGUGAACCGAGUGACUGUAUAUACAUGGAGGUCGAGCUUCAGAGGUUGUCACUCUUAAAGGAAAAAGUUUGUCGUUAUAUUCAAACUGGGAAACAUGGCCAGGUUCUAACGUUAGCUUCAAGUGCAAAAGCUCUAGCUCGUGAGAGGCAAAUGCUGUGCUCUCAAUUGCAUAAACAACUAUCUGAAGUAGAGAGGGAAAGCCUCUUCAUGCAAUGGGGCAUUCCUUUAGAUGGUAAACACAGGAGAUUGCAGUUGGUUAACCGCUUAUGGACUGAAACAGAAGAUAUGGAUCAUGCUGCUCGCAGUGCUGAUGUUGUCUUCAAGGUGGUUGGACCAGCUACACGCGACAAGAGUUUCAGGGAGAUUUUCGGCCUUAACUUUAAUAACUGGGGCUCGAGAAAAAAACGUAGCCUUAGGGAAAGCCUAUCAUUGAUACUGUAAUGUCUUUGUACAUCCUCAGAGGAAAUAGUUUUGCGUACAUGGCCAUAAACCUCGACUAGUUCAUGCAAUUUGACUUGUUAGAGGUACCACUUGGAGCUACUAACCUCAAGUUUUCC